GUUUUUGAUAAUUAAGAUAUUGUUAUAAUGUUUUUCAACAAAUUUGUUAAGAAAAUUAAAUAUAUAUAUUUAUAUUUUAAAUUAAAAGAUAUCAAAUUAUAUUAUGAUUUAAGUAGUUAAAAGAUUAUAUAUUAGCAUUAAGGAAAUACAUUUAAUACAAAUUUUAAAUGAUGAUCCAAAUAAAAAUAUCACACAUGAAAUGUGAGUUUGUUAACCAAUCCGGGUUUUUAGGAGUCGAUGUUAUAUUAGGAAUGAUAUAUUAUUAAUCUAUAUUAUUAGUAAUAAAUGAAUGAUAACUGAUUUUUAGCGAGAGUCCAUUUUUAAAAAAUCACACAUGAAUCAAAGUUGUGACUUCUAUUUUAAAAUAUAUCUUUUUUAAUAUAUAAGAUAUGUUGUUGAUUAUGAAUCUUAUAUAUCAUCAACGUUAGACCAGGAGUAUUUUAUGUAACAGCCUAGCUAAAUAAUCAGAAACGAAUAAGAAUAAGCUCAAAUUAGUUUGAUAAUUUCAUGUUAUAGUUUGUUUUACGUUAGGUUUAGAGUUCAAUAAUAACUGCAGGGACUGCAAUUUUAUGAAGAAAGGUUAAUAGCUAUGCUAUGUUGGUAGUGGGCUGAUUAAUUGUCCAAGAACGUCAGGAGCACUCGAUCCCUCACGUAAAGAAUCUAAACACUAACUGAUAAAUCAAAAUAACUGUUUUGUUUAAUCUUGCUGGAAAAGGGGAAUUAAAUAUAUUGUUAGGAUUAGGUUAUGCAAAUAAAAAAUAAUGUAAAUAAUAUUCUAGGAGAAGAUCUAUUUUAAAAUAUCACAUGAAAAAAGUUAUGACUUCUGUUUUAAUAUAUAAGAUGGAUAUCCAAAAAAACUCAAAAUAUCAAUAUAUAUAAAUAUAUAUAUAUAUACCAAGCACACACUAAAUUUCAAAUAAGUACACAAAAUACUCAAAAAUUUCAAUGAUACCUAAAAAAAAUUAUUUAUCAUAACAAAAAAAUUCAACUUUAUUAUAUGGCUUCAUUCAUUUCAGCUUUUGUUAGAAAAAAAAUAAUGCAGUAUACCUUUAUGUAUCAUUUGACGGGAAUUAGGCCCAACCCAAAAUGUUUGCAUACCUUAAAUGGAAAACCCAAUAAAGCAAUGGAACGAUCGUAGAUUAGUAUAUAUAUUUACAUACCAACUACCAUAGUUUCUCAAUUUGGUCUAGUGUUUAUUUAUAUUUUAUGGUUGAACAAUUUCUCUGUUAUAAAUUACACAGCAGCAUGAGUGUGAAGACCGUUGACCAAUGAAUAAAAGGUUUCUACAAAAUGUCCUUUUUGCCCCUUUGGAUUCGUCGUUACUCCCCUCCAACUUCCAUCUCAAAAGUAAAGCUUUCUUGAUCCACAAGCUUUCAGAAUCUACCGACCUCUUUCUCACGAACUCAUUGCAAAGUUCAAUUCUCAAACUUGGCUUCGCGAGCGACACAUUCACAAUAAAUCGCCUCAUAAACAGCUAUGUUAAGCUCAGAGAAACCAACACUGCACGCAAGCUGUUCGACGAAAUGCCUGAACCAAACGUCGUUUCCUGGACUUCGGUUAUCUCCGGUUUUAACGACACGGGUCAACCUCAAACUGCUCUGUCUAUGUUCCAGAAAAUGUAUCAAGACAAAUCCGUAGCUCCCAAUGAGUUCACGUACGCGAGUGUCUUCAAAGCCUGCUCUGCUUUGGCAGAAUCAAGAAUCGGGAAAAGCAUCCACGCCCGUCUCGAGAUGUCCGGGCGGAGAAGCAACACCGUGGUGAGCUCCUCUCUUCUUGACAUGUAUGGCAAAUGCAACGACGUGGAAACCGCUAGACGGGUUUUCGAGUCAAUGAUUGGGUGUGGGAGAAACGUUGUCUCUUGGACAUCGAUGAUCACUGCUUACGCGCAGAACGCUCGUGGACAUGAAGCUAUUGAGUUGUUUAGAACAUUCAACGCUGAUACGACGUCGUUGGAUAGACCGAAUCAGUUUAUGCUGGCUAGUGUUAUUAGUGCCUGCUCUAGUUUAGGUAGGCUACAAUGGGGUAAAGUUGCUCACGGUGUAGUUACUCAUGGUGGUUAUGAAACGAACCAUGUGGUUGCCACGUCGCUUCUAGAUAUGUACGCGAAGUGUGGGUCUUUAAGCUGUGCAGAGAAGAUCUUCUUGAGGAUUAGCCGUCACUCUGUGAUCUCGUACACGUCUAUGAUCAUGGCAAAGGCAAAGCACGGACUUGGAGAAGCCGCGCUUCAGCUUUUCGACGAGAUGGUUGCGAAGAGAAUAAGGCCUAACUAUGUAACGUUACUCGCCGUGUUACACUCUUGUAGCCAUUCGGGUUUAGUCGCUGAAGGCCUAGGGUACUUGAACUCAAUGGUUGAGAAGUACGGUGUGGUUCCUGAUCCGAGGCAUUACACUUGUGUUGUUGACAUGCUUGGAAGAUUUGGCCGUGUUGAUGAGGCUUACGAAAUGGCGAAAACUAUAGAAGUUGGAGCAGAGCAAGGUGCGCUCUUGUGGGGAGCUCUUCUCUCAGCUGGUAGGUUGCAUGGAAGAGUUGAUAUUGUUUGCGACGCUAGCAAACGGUUAAUACAAUCGAAUCAGCAGGUGACGAGCGCGUACGUUGCAUUAUCUAAUGCUUAUGCUGUAGCUGGAGGAUGGGAAGAUUCAGAGUCUCUUCGUUUAGAGAUGAGACGUGGCGGAAAUGUGAAAGAGCGAGCUUGUAGCUGGAUUGAGAUUAAGGAUUCGGUUUAUGCUUUUCACGCUGGGGAUUUGUCGUGUGAUGAGAGUGGUGAGGUUGUGAGGUUUAUGAAGGAUCUGGAGAAGAGAAUGAAGGAGAGAGGACACAGGGGAAGUAGUAGUAUGAUGACAAGUUCAUCGGUUUUUGUUGAUGUUGAUGAAGAAGCUAAAGAGGAAAUUGUGAGUUUGCAUUGUGAGAGAUUGGCUUUAGCCUUUGGAUUGAUACAUUUGCCUGAAGGAUCGACGAUUAGGAUUAUGAACAACUUGAGGAUGUGCAGAGAUUGUCAUGAGGCUUUCAAGCUGAUCAGUGGGAUUGUGGGGAGGGAAAUUGUUGUUAGAGAUGUGAAUAGGUUUCAUUGCUUUAAGGAUGGAUCUUGUAUUUGCCGUGAUUUUUGGUGAAUUUCUUUAACAUUUUUUUUUAACUUUUUUGUUCUUUAUCCACGUGACCUUGCGGAUUUUCUUUAAUACUAAAAUAUUUUAGGUUAUACAAUAAAAUAUGUCAAUAAAUUAAUUUAAUUUAGUGUUAUAUAUUAUUUAAUUUUAUAAUAAUAUUUGUGUGACGUAUAAUAUUACUACUAUAAAAUUUCUAAACUUUGUAUUAACAAAAUUUAUUUUGAAAACAUUAUUAUGUAAAAAUAUUGAUUUACAUAAAUUUUAUUUUAUUUUUAAAUUUGAAAUAUAUAUGAAAAUUAAAUUAAGUUGAACCUACAUAAUAGAGAAUUUGGUAUAUAGUGAUUAAUUAAACCAAUUUAGUAUAGAUGUUUAAAUAAUAAAAAUAAACCGAAUUGGCUUUUAAUUCAAGUGAAUACACAUACGUUAAUAACAAUAGACUAAAGUCUUGUAUAUACGAUACGAAUAAAGAUCAAAUGUUUCAUCUAUGAAGGGAAGAGUAAAUUAAUUGUAUUAAAUGGUAAAAACAUUUAAAGGUAUAGCUUCCAAGUGAUAUAAAUUAAACAAAAAAUAACAUAUGAAAUAAAUCAUAAUUUAUGUGCUAAAUAAAUAAAAUAUUUUAUUUUUAAAUUA